AUGCCUUUGAAGCCCUUUCACCGUAUGAUGGAUCUACCACUAGAGAUUCGCCAUGAAAUUUAUUUUUGGGCCACACCAGACCGUGUUGUUCACGUUCGAUACCUAUACUCAGGCGACAUAAGAAAAGGGCGUGUCUUUUGCAGCACCCCCAUUCCCUCUCUACUACACACGUGCUCCGAGUCCCGGGUUUACUUAUCAAGAACGGGUUACAAGCUGGCUUUCCAAGCCCAAUCAACUGGCAGUCAAUUCUGGUUCAACUUCAAAAGAGACACCCUAUUUAUCGACAGAGAGGCACUUAUCUUGAUGCACCAAGGCAUCAAUCCGUUCCCGUUCGAAGAUACCCAAAGAAUUCGAAAAAUAGCCUACGAGAGGUGGCUCCUCAACGUCUACGAUCUAGUUGUCAGGUUGGCUCUCCAGAGUUUCGGGGAGCUUCAAGAAAUCUUUCUCAUUGAGUGGCACAGGGAGGGGAUAGAUUCGUACGCGCCUUGCUAUUUCCCUGAUCCUAUUCCGCAGAGACACAGCUACGACACCAGGGACCUCUACAAGUUUGCGGAGAUCCAGAAAGUUGAUGCAUAUCUCGGUCGUCUUGUUCUCCAAACUGACCAUCGGAACCCGCACGCAUUGUCGCUCGGCUAUUGGUGUGCUCUCUGGAGCCUUGACCCUCCAGAGUCCAUACCAAGAGACACAGAUCUCGCCGAGUAUCUCAGUGAGCCUUAUGAGAAAUGGAGAUCCCUUGAUCAGGGACGGGAAUACCUGGAGUUAGAGUUGGGAAAGUUCUGGGCUGAGUUGGGGCGGCCAAGCGGGAAGCUGCCUAAGUUCAAACCUGUACAUCUCCUCACCGACGCUGAACACCAAUUCGUCCGACGAGAACGAAGUAUCGGUUAUGAAAUGCUUCAAACAACCUUCCGUAUAAACAAGCUUUCCGGAUCGAACAAGAACAAUCAGGUCGCCCUUACUUAG